AUGGCUUCCUCCACCCCCGAGACCUUCAAGCAUUACGCCAACGCACAAACCGACUUCACAAAGACACUGCCCCUAAUCGGGAACGAGAAUGCGUUCUUGGGCGACAUCUUCUCCUCUGACCGCAAAGACAACCCCAUCUCCUCCGGCUUCUACCGUCUCGACCCCGGCACCCCGCUCGUCUACACCUAUACCUACGACGAGAUGAAGAUCAUUGUGGACGGUGACUUUGAAAUUUCGGAUCAGAGCGGCCAGAGUGUCAAGGCGACGAAGGGCGAUGUGUUCUUCUUUCCCAAGGGGAGUGUGAUCACGUUCAAGACGGAGAAGGGGGGACUGGGGUUUUAUUGCGGGCAGAGGGGGAAGGAUACCGCUUAG